CUCUCCUCUUUUUUUAAAGCAAUAUUGCUUUUAAUUUAUUUUUCCCACGACGAACAAAUUAUUAGUGUAUUCAAUGUGUUUACUUUUCUCAAUAUAAUUGAUAAGUCAAGAAGGGACGGGGACCAUAAAAAAAAAAAUAGUGAAAUAUUAUCGAUUAAAUUGACAUGAAAUAUUGUAGAGGACAUGAUGCAAUUUUGUCUUUAAAAAACUGUGGUCUCACGAGAAAAAAAAAUAGUUGGGAAAAUAUUUAUCUUUUGAUUUUUUUUUUUGCGUAAUCAAUGAUCAUUGGUUUGCGUCUAUGAAAAACCAGUCGAUCUCCGUUCAUCAGGCCAUGCGGAUCUAAUCAAAAGUCAAAGCCUGCAAACGUAGUUAAACAAAUCCUAUUUAUAAAUUUCAUGUUUUUCGUUUUUCUUUUAAAAAAAAUAAAAAAAUUUUUAAUGGGCUAUGAAUAUCACCAAAAAAUUUUUUCAACGAGAAAAAAAAUCAUUUCUAUUUUAUUUCAUUCUCUCUUCUCUACUGUCUCAUCGAAAAAAAAAAUUUUGCAGAAACACUAACAAUUUAUCGGAAAAUAAAAAAAAAAAUGAAGAGGAUCAACAGCACAGUGUACAAAGAACAAAAUCAAAAUCAUCAAAAAAAAAAAGAAAAAAUGAAAUGAAAUUUGGAUCAAAGAAAAAAAAAAUUGUGAAACUAUUUUAAAAUUGAAAAAGAAAAAUGGAUGCAAAACGUGCAGAGAGUAUUCUCGGUGUUUUAUAUUCAUUGACGGCAAUUUUCACGACAAUUUCAAUUGUUUGCCUAGUGAUUCCAUGGCAGCAUUGGUCACGUACUUUGGACAAUUGCAUUGAUGUUGAUUGCGGUUGUAUUUUAUAUGGAAGAACAACAUUUAGCACACUUUUUGGUGGUGAUGUGAAAAUUUGUCAUUUUGGAAUUUAUAGUUUGACGCCAAUUUUCAUUAUUGGUCUGUGCUUGGCAAUUUAUCAUGGUUAUCGAAGUUGCAUUCCAAAAGAUUUCGAUGAACCGCGAAUCACAUCGCGACGACGAAAUUCAAUUGAUAAUCGUGAUUUCAUGAGAGGAGACGUUAUUGUUAUUCGUCGAAAACAAAGACAGCCAUUUAAACAAUGGAUCCUGGCGAGUUUUUUGGCUGCACUUUUAGGAUUUUUAUCCUUGGCCCAUGCAAUUAUUAUCACUGAUGGAUAUUAUAAAACCUGUGAGCAAUACAAACGAAAUAUGGUGAAGCUCCUUGGUUCUCGUGGUCGUGAACUUCAAGCCAUACACAAUCGUCUUUCUUGUGGUGCAAUUUUCGAUUUUAUGGAUUAUAUUCAGCCGGAUUCAAAUAAUUGGAGACGUGGCGAUGAAAUAAAUACUGGACUCUCUCUUCAAUUGUCGAUAAUUUGUACAUGGUUCAAUUUUUUCACUUGGAUUCUAAUUUUCACAAUUAAUUUUAUAAUGGCACGACGAAGAGCCAAUAACGCUGGCGAAAAAUUCUGUUGUUUCUCCUGAGAAUUCUAGAUUUUCUUCUUAACAGAAUAUUAUACCUUCAGUAUUUCAUUAUAUUUAAAUAUAUUAUAACAAAAAAUUGAAUAGAAUAAAUAAUUUAUAGUAAAAUAAAUAAA